AUGUCCCCCACCCCCGACACCCUCACCGAGCGCCUGCAGGAGCUGAGCGUCGCCCAGGCCGAGGCCCGGCAGCUGGUCAACGAGCUGAUGGCCCAGGACCCGCACUCGCGCGCGGACGAGGCCAACGAGGCCAUCCUCAAGCACAACCCCCGGCGCUUCGUCCUCUUCCCCAUCGAGUACCAUGAGAUUUGGCAGAUGUACAAGAAGGCCGAGGCCUCCUUCUGGACCGCCGAGGAGGUGGACCUCUCCCGCGACCUGGACGACUGGAACAACAAGCUGACCGCCAACGAGCGGUACUUCAUCUCCCAUGUGCUGGCGUUCUUCGCCGCGUCGGAUGGCAUUGUCAAUGAGAAUCUGGUCAACCGGUUCUCCUCGGAGGUGCAGAUCGCCGAGGCCCGGUGCUUCUACGGCUUCCAGAUCGCCAUCGAGAACAUCCACAGCGAGAUGUACUCGCUGCUGAUUGACACCUAUGUGCGGGAUGUGGCCGAGCGCGACCACCUCUUCGGCGCCAUCGAGACCAUCCCCUGCGUCAAGAAGAAGGCCGACUGGGCCAUGCGCUGGAUCGAGGACGAGUCGUCCACCUUCGCCACGCGCCUGGUGGCCUUCGCCGCCGUGGAGGGCAUUUUCUUCUCCGGCUCCUUCGCCGCCAUCUUCUGGCUGAAGAAGCGCGGCCUCAUGCCCGGGCUGACCUUCAGCAAUGAGCUCAUCUCCCGUGACGAGGGGCUCCACUGCGACUUCGCGUGCCUGCUCUUCUCGCACCUGAACUCCCGGCCCAGCGUGGCCACCAUCACCGCCCUCAUCAGCGAGGCGGUGGUCAUCGAGAAGGAGUUCCUCACCGAGGCCCUGCCCGUUCGCCUGAUCGGCAUGAACGGCGACCUCAUGUGCCAGUACAUCGAGUUUGUGGCCGACCGCCUGCUGGUGGAGCUCGGCUGCCCGAAGGUCUACAACGCGGAGAACCCCUUCGACUUCAUGGACAUGAUCAGUCUCCAGGGCAAGACCAACUUCUUCGAGAAGCGCGUCGGUGACUACCAGAAGGCCGGCGUCAUGCACAGCUCCAAGGAGGACACCGAGUUCACCCUGGACGCGGACUUCUAA